GAACUUGUACGAUGAUCAAAAUUUCACUAUAUACGCCAUCUCGUUCACUAGUUUAGAUUACUCAUGGUUGACUGAUUCGACAUCCUUAGAGUAUUAGCAAAAAUGGCGGAAGCGAAAUCUCGUCGCGUUGCACAAACAGAAGAUUUGUCAAAUGUUGAAUUUGAAACCAGUGAAGAUGUGGAAGUUAUCCCGACAUUCGAUAAUAUGGGGCUCAGAGAUGAAUUGUUGCGUGGAAUUUACGCUUACGGAUUUGAGAAACCGUCGGCAAUUCAGCAACGAUCUAUUAAACCUAUAAUGAAAGGACGAGAUGUGAUCGCACAAGCUCAGUCCGGUACUGGUAAAACCGCAACGUUCUCAAUUGCCAUUUUACAGUCGUUAGAUACACAAGUCAGAGAAACUCAAGUAUUAGUAUUGUCUCCUACAAGGGAAUUAGCAACGCAAAUACAGAAAGUUAUUUUGGCGUUAGGAGAUUUUAUGAACGUUCAAUGUCAUGCCUGCAUUGGAGGCACUAACCUCGGGGAGGAUAUCAGAAAGCUAGAUUAUGGGCAGCAUGUAGUAUCUGGCACACCUGGCAGAGUGUUUGACAUGAUAAAAAGGAGAGUUCUCAGAACCAGAGCUAUAAAAAUGUUAGUUCUGGAUGAAUCAGACGAAAUGUUAAACAAGGGUUUCAAGGAACAAAUUUAUGAUGUGUACAGAUACUUACCUCCUGCAACACAGGUUGUAUUAGUGUCUGCGACAUUACCGCACGAAAUUCUGGAAAUGACAAGUAAAUUCAUGACAGAUCCUAUUCGUAUUCUUGUCAAACGCGAUGAAUUGACAUUGGAAGGAAUAAAGCAAUUCUUUGUUGCUGUAGAAAGGGAAGAAUGGAAGUUUGAUACGUUAUGCGACUUGUAUGAUACAUUGACAAUAACACAAGCUGUAAUAUUUUGCAAUACAAAACGUAAAGUAGAUUGGUUAACUGAGAAAAUGAGGGAGGCUAAUUUCACAGUUUGUUCUAUGCACGGAGAUAUGCCACAAAAAGAGAGAGACAACAUAAUGAAAGAGUUCCGGUCUGGUCAAAGUCGUGUUUUGAUCACAACCGAUGUGUGGGCAAGAGGAAUAGACGUGCAGCAAGUGUCCCUUGUGAUCAAUUAUGAUCUGCCCAACAAUCGUGAGUUAUACAUUCAUAGAAUAGGUCGUUCUGGUCGUUUUGGAAGGAAAGGUGUUUCCAUUAAUUUCGUUAAAACUGAUGACAUAAGGAUUCUCCGAGAUAUAGAGCAAUAUUAUUCAACGCAAAUUGACGAAAUGCCCAUGAAUGUAGCGGACUUAAUAUAGUUUUAAGAUUCACGACCUUAUUUAAUAAGAGUUUAUGUAAAAAACAAUUCUUUCUAUUCCAAUUUCACGAAAUUAUGUUUCCCUCGCAUUUUUUUGAUUGCAAACGAUUUGGAGGAACUCUUAAAAGUGGCUACUCUUUAAAGGGUACAUCGCUUUUCAAAACAGUGAAAUCAGUUUUCACGUUCACGUAGCUUUAGUUUCUAAAAGUACUGUGGAAGUAUGUAACGGUAAAAAUAAGAAAGUUGCACCGAUUUUGUUAAUUGUAACAAACUCUUGACAGAGAUAUAAGAAUAAAAA